ACACACACUGUGGUACCCCAAGCUGCUCUUGUUGUCCCACUAGGGCAAACUGUCGCCGGAUCCCCUUGGGUAAGGUUGUGGAUGGCGUGUACUGCACCAGGGCUAUGCUGGAAGGGCACUAGGACCCUGGGGAGGUGCUCUGAAGACUAGGGACGUCAGCACAUCCACUAAUUGGAGUCCAGCUGCAAAUGGAAUUUUGAAGAUCGGAGUGGACUGCAGAUCAGCCAAGAGGGCCCAUCCACCUUCCAGACUCGAGAUCCAAAGAAGAUUGAAGAAGUUUUUGUUGCAUUUUGUUUUCAGUUUGAGGCUUUAUAAGUUAAUAAAAGAAACCGUCUGCUGGAAAUCACUCUCCUCGUGUCUUUGGAUCCCUGGGAGUUCACAUUUGGUGGAGAAUGCGGGCAAGGUGACCCAGCUCAGCAAAAAAACCCCAACCCAUGGAUCCAGCGCUAAAAGAAGUUUUGUCCACCAUCGUGCAGACACAACAAACGCUACAGAGAGCCCUUACGGAGUUCUGCAAACAAUCAUCGCCGAAGACCCCUGACAAGGUAUUGACAAAACUAACAGCUGAAGAUGAUGUAGAAUCGUAUCUGGAACUCUUUGAGCGAGUCGCCACCAGAGAGAGAUGGCCGAGAGAAGACUGGGCCCAUAUUUUGACUCCUUUUUUAACGGGGGAGGCCCAACAGGCUUGUAGAGAUUUAUCUAUAGCCGAGGCAGCUAAUUAUACCCAGCUCAAAGCCAUAAUUUUGGCACAGUAUGGCUAUAGUCUACCAGCAAAGGCUCAAAGGGUCCAUCAAUGGGCCUACGAUCCCAGCACACCUGCACGGCCCCAGAUAAAAACUCUCCAGCGGCUAGUAAGGACGUGGCUCACGGAGGGCGAUGGCCCUGCAGCGAUUGACCGAGUGGUGCUGGACCAGUGUGUUAGAGCACUACCCAAUGACGCAAAGAAAUAUGUCGCCCAGCAGGGAGUUCCCGACCUGGAUCGGCUGAUUGCAUUGCUAGAAAACCAUCGAGUGACAAAGGAUCUGAUCAAACCCAUGAAGAUAGAGGGUCGAAGCAGUCCGGCGAAACUCGAGAGAACCAGCCUCCCCCGACCGGGUGGAAACAGUCCUAGGAGAGGAGUAGGAGAGCUGCCAGGUGUCAGGUGGGGCAGGUCCCCUGCCCGAAGUCCCCUGUCAACAGAGGAUCGGCUUUGUUUCGUGUGUGGUAAAGAAGGCCACUUUGCAAGGGAGUGCCCUGAGAGAGAUGAGUCCAUGCCAACAGCGGGACCUGCAUUGUCUUCGUUCCCAUGUGGAUACCUCACCACAGAUUGGAUGGAAGCCCAUGAGUCUGCUCCACGGUUCCCCAUAAAAAUCAUGGGACAGGAUACAGAGGCCCUGCUGGAUUCGGGAAGUGUCAUCACCCUUGUCUGCCCCGAGUUGGUGAAAGAUGCCCAUGGGGAAGCAGUGGCCGUGGCAUGUAUACACGGAGACACUAAGAGCUACCCAACAAGCCAGGUGAGAAUUCAAUCUCCCAGAGGGACUGUGUUCACAAGAGUUGGGGUGGUUCCUGGCCUACCAGUACUGAUGGGCAGAGAUUUUGCCCUGUUUGCGAGAUAUUGGAACACUCCACAACAGGCCUGGGGAGUAGGACCAAAGAAGGCAGCCAAACCAAGGAAGCCACCGAAGAUCCACCAAGCAUGUGCAGCCCCCUCAAAGGAGGGUUCCCCAUCCAGCCCUGGAGAAGAACAGGACCCCCACCCAGGCUGCGUUGGUGGAAUCCCGGCGGCGGAACCACAAACGCCAGAGCAAGGGGAAUCUUCUGGAAGUAGAGAGGGGGUCACUGCUGAGCGUUUCUCUGACUUCCUCCAGAUCCACAGUGAGGCUCCAGGGGGCGCCACAGAGUUCAGCCGGAAGCAACAUGAGGAUCCAAACUUAGCCCAGGCGUGGAAAUCGGCGGUAUUCAGCAGUGAAGAACAAGGCGAGGUGAGUCGACUUAAUCUUCCAUGUUUUUCAGUGAAAAAUGGGUUGCUGUACAGAAAGGUAAAAAAAGGUGAGUAAGUAGUUAGUCAGCUCCUGGUGCCAAGAUCCUAUGCCUCUAAAGUGCUUUACUUAGCCCACUCCCAUGUCCUCGGAGCUCACCUUGGGUCUGAAAAAACCUAUGAACGGAUAACUUCCCGAUUCUACUGGCCAGGUGUAAAGAGAGCGGUAGAAGAUUAUUGUCGUCAUUGUGCUGAAUGUCAGCUCCACAGCCCCAAAGUGACCUACCGCAGCCCGUUAAUUCCCUUACCAAUAAUUGAUGUUCCCUUCAGGCGGAUUGGGAUGGACAUCGUGGGGCCUCUCCCUAAAUCGAGCAGACAACAUCGCUACAUUUUGGUCCUCCUUGAUUAUGCUACGGGAUAUCCAGAGGCCAUCCCUUUAAGGGCAGCCACCGGUAAGGCCGUGGCCAAGGAACUAUUCCUCCUAUGCAGUAGGGUCGGGAUACCAGAGGAGAUACUAACCGAUCAGGGGUCGUGCUUCAUGUCAAAUGUAAUGAAAGCCUUCUGUCGCCUCCUGAAAGUGAAACAGGUCCGUACAUCUGUCUAUCACCCACAAACGGAUGGUCUUGUUGAGAGGUUCAAUAAGACAUUAAAGCAGAUGUUAAGGAAGAUGAUGGUUACAGAUGGGAAGGAUUGGGACUAGCUCUUGCCUUACCUUAUGUUCUCCAUUCGUGAGGUGCCUCAAGCAUCCACAGGUUUCUCGCCGUUUGAGUUGUUGUACGGUAGAAGGCCACGAGGUCUGUUAGACUUAGCCAGAGAGGCAUGGGAACAACAGCCAACACGACACACCACGGUGAUAGAACAUGUGGAGAGGAUGCACCAGCGGAUGAGUCAACUGUGGCCGAUGGUAAGAGAGCACAUGCUAAAAGCUCAGGAGGAACAAGCUAGGCUGUAUAACAGGGGUGCACAGGUGAGGGAGUUCAGUCCAGGGGACAAAGUGUUAAUCCUCAUUCCCACUCAAGAGUGUAAAUUCUUAGCUAAGUGGCAUGGGCCAUACGAAGUGAUUGAAAAGCUGGGCCCCGUCAACUAUAGAGUGAGGCAGCUGGGGAGAAGACAGAGCAGUCAGAUAUAUCAUAUCAAUCUGAUCAAGGUGGCAUGAACACAAUCAGGUCGAUGCACAGGCACUGUCAACUCACCAGCCUACCUCCGGACCUCCGCAAGUUCCCAUGGGCGAGCAACUGGCGCCACAUCAAGUCCAAGACCUGACCCAGUUGCUGUGCCGGUACCACGAUGUUUUCUCCGACAAACCGGGAAGGACGAUGGUCGUGGCCCACGACAUCAUCACGGAGCCUGGGAAAAAGGUACGACUUGAACCUUACAGAAUUCCAGAAGCCAGGAGGGAAGCCAUCCGGGAGGAGGUUAAGGCAAUGUUGAAGAUGGGGGUAAUAGAGGAAUCUCAUAGUGCCUGGAGCAGUCCAAUUGUCAUUGUGCCCAAACCUGAUGGGACGUUAAGAUUCUGCAAGGACUUUCGAAAGCUUAACGAGAUCUCAGCAUUUGACUCUUAUCCGAUGCCCAGAGUAGAUGAGCUGCUAGAAAGAUUGGGACCUGCUAGGUUCAUCAGCACCUUAGAUCUUACUCGUGGGUACUGGCAGGUGCCACUUACAGACCAGGCUAAGGAAAAAACCGCCUUUGCAACACCUGAUGGGCUGUUCCAGUACAAAGUGUUACCAUUUGGCAUUCAUGGGGCUCCCGCCUGUUUCCAAAGGCUAAUGGAUAAGGUCCUUAGACCUCACAGACAUUAUGCUGCAGCGUAUUUGGAUGAUAUAGUCCUUCAUAGCACUGAUUGGCAGACUCACCUGCAGCACUUGGAAGCCGUUCUGGGGGAGCUGAGAGAUGCAGGGUUGACGGCUAAAGCAUCAAAGUGCCGCCUUGGGCUAGAAGAAACAGACUACCUGGGCUACACAGUUGGAAGAGGAUGUGUACGGCCACAAGCAUCUAAGGUGGAGGCUAUUACCACAUGGCCACGGCCGGGCACAAAGCGACAGGUACGAACAUUUCUGGGUCUUGUUGGAUAUUAUCGUCAGUUUGUGCCCAACUUUGCUUCUCUAGCAGCUCCUCUUUUCGAGUUGACCAAGAAGGUUGGGAAGAGCCGCCUACAGUGGACCGAAGAGGCAGAGGAGGCCUUUCGGGAAGCUGAAGGAUGCCCUCUG